UUUGGGGAAUGGUGCAACUUGCAGCCAAAAGAUGCUGCCAAGAUGCCCGAGAGUGCCUGGAAGCUGCUUUUCUACACGUUGGCCUGGUCAUAUGGCAUCUACCUGCUCUUCUUCACCGACUACCCCUUCUUCUAUGACCCACCCUCUGUGUUUUAUGACUGGAAGAAGGGCAUGGAGGUGCCCACAGACAUUGCCAUUGCCUACCUGCUGCAGGGCAGCUUCUACGGCCACUCCAUCUACGCCACAGCCUACAUGGACACAUGGCGCCGGGACUCGGUGGUGAUGCUGCUGCACCAUGUGGUCACACUCACCCUCAUCUCCUUCUCCUAUGCCUUCAGGUACCACAACGUGGGCAUCCUGGUGCUGUUCCUGCACGACGGCAGCGACGUGCAGCUCGAGUUCACCAAGCUCAACGUGUACUUCAAGCACCGGGGCGGGGUCUAUCACCGCCUCAACGACGUCAUCUCCAACAUCGGCUGCCUCACUCUGAUGAACAUCUACUGGUUCUGGUUCCGUCUCUACUGGUUCCCCCUCAAGGUGCUCUAUGCCACCUGCCACUCCAGCCUCCAGGCAGUCCCAAACAUCCCCUUCUACUUCUUCUUCAAUGCUCUGCUCCUUGUCCUCACUCUGAUGAACAUCUACUGGUUUCUGUACAUCGUCCUGUUUGUGGCCAAGGUGCUGAUGGGGCAGAUGCAGGAGGUGAACGACGUGCGUGAGUACGACGUGGAGGAGAGCAGGAAAAGCCCCCAUGGGGAGGCUGGGCUGCAGCUGUCCAGUGCUCUGAAAGAAGGGCUGCACCUGAAGAAUGGACUUGUGAAAGACAAGCGGGUGUGA